CGAUGUGAAGGAGCGAUUGCUUUGUCUGGCGAAUGGGCCAGUUUGUGUUCCUGACGUUUGUUGCUCAGUGCAGCUCGACUUUGGUCUAAAUAUAAAAUAAUGGCUCAGCCACCACCAAAACCAUGGGAAAGGCGAAUCCCUGGAACCAUGACUGCACCACUAAACUAUCGCUCAGCUGACUUUGGAUCAGUAUCACAUAGUGGGCCAUCAGUGUCUGGUCCUCCAGUUCUAACACGUGUGGCACCACCCGUCCCUCCAAGACCCGUUCAACAGGCAUACCGCCCUACGUACAGUUCAUUUCCCUCCUCAUACAGCCCUUAUGGGAGCUCCAUCUAUGGGGGCUACAGCCCCUACAGCUACAGUGGUUAUGGAGUUGGAGGCGGUCUGGGUUAUAACCGUUAUAACUUAACAGAUGACAUCCCACCCAGCCGAUUCGUCCAGCAGGCGGAGGAGAGCAGCCGCGGAGCAUUUCAGUCCAUUGAAAGCAUUGUCCACGCCUUCUCGUCAGUCAGCAUGAUGAUGGACGCUACUUUCUCUGCUGUCUACAACAGCUUCCGUGCUGUUCUGGAUGUGGCCAAUCAUUUCUCCCGAUUACGCAUACAUUUCACAAAAGUGCUUUCUGCUUUCGCCUUGGUUAGGACCCUUAGAUACCUAUAUCGCAGGCUGCAGAGGCUGCUGGGAUUGCGUCAGGAUUCAGAGGUGGAUGAUUUGUGGGCAGACAGCGCCGCUUCCUCCAUCGUGUCUGCUUCAGGAGCCAGAGGCACAGGGAAUGAAGACCCCAGAGCGAAUUCUGUCAAGUCAUGGCCCAUUUUCUUGUUUUUUGCUGUAGUUCUUGGUGGGCCGUAUUUGAUCUGGAAGCUUUUGCGGUCUGCUGAGGGUCUUGAGGAAAAUGGCACUAACUGGGCAAGUGGGGAGGAUGACCAUGUGGUAGCACGAGCUGAGUAUGACUUCACAGCUGCAUCAGAGGAAGAGAUCUCUCUACAGGCUGGAGACAUGCUUAAUCUUGCCCCUAAAGAACAACAGCCCAGGGUGCGUGGUUGGCUGUUAGCCAGUGUGGAUGGGCAGACCACUGGCCUCGUACCUGCCAACUACGUCAAAGUGUUGGGCCGGAGGAGAGGUAAAAAGCAUGCAGACUUAGAGAGGAUGGCACCAGCCCAGCAGGCUGCACAGAACCUUCCAGCACCUCAAACUGAUCUGGCUACAGCUUCCGUUCCCAACUCCAGACUGGCGGUCCCUACCACAUCAAAUCCAGAUGAGCUACUGGAGUCUGUUUACGGUGAAACACAAGGUCUUCACGCUGCUUUGGAGGUGCAACCUUCCACAAACAUCAAUAGUGAUACUGUAGUGAUAACCUCAGAAAAAAUGGACUUAUGAAUCAUUUGAAUGAAAGGAGAGGUGUACGUGUGUGUACGUACGUGUGUGUGUGUGUGUGUGUGUGUGUGAUGGGAGCUAGGAGAAAAAUUGUAACCUUCAUUAGAAUGUAUCACCCUCUACAUAAUUUGAUCCAACAAGGGGGGGGAAAUGAAAAAGUGAGGUGUUGAAGUAAAGUUGAAUUGUCAUUUUCUUUUAUAAUUCGUUGUAUGAACUGCAUAAUUCUGCAAAUUUCAAUAGACUGUUAGACUGAAAGCCAUUACCAAUGUUUGUUCACAUUUUCUUUCUUCCACAAAAAAUAUUGCGUGUUUCAGCAUUAUAGUUUGUUAGAUUGUGUUAAUAAUGCCUAUUAAUUUAUUUUGAAUAAUUAUUAGGAACAAUGGAUUCAGUUUGUUUUGAUACGUUCGCAUCAAGCAUAAAAUGUUACAAACUUGUUGUCAUACACAGUUAAUGCAUCUGAUUAGUAUAAAUGAGAGUGUGGGUUCUCAAAUCAACCUAAAUUUAUGAUGCAGUCUUUAUUACAGAUUUCUCCUAAUGUAAGUUUUAGAUUACGGUUCAUCUUUCUGUAAUGUGAAUAUUUAAUAUUUUAAGUUGUGCUGUAUCGAGGAUUAGUGUGUGCAUUUUUCUGUGUCUUCAGGCUUGCUUGUUUUUUUUCAUACUACUAACACAGUGUGCAAUUAUGUAAAUACAAGCAAUUAUUUUGGCAGUAAACACUUAAAAAAAAAUCAAUCUCCUGUCAUUUUCAAUUGUAUAGCAAAGUUCCAGCCUUUCCAAGAUUACGGAAAAUUACUGAUUGACAUUUUUAGCUGGGUAAGAAAUGUAGGUGUUUGUAAAUAAAUAAAUAAAUAAAUAAAAAUAAGUCAUAAAAAUAUGUUACACUGCAAGUCUGCUAACAGUUACUCUGCCUUCAAAAGUUUGGGGUUUAAAAAUAGAUUUGAAAAAUCUCUCAUGUUCACUAAGGCUGCAUUUAUUUAUUUAAUAAUAUAGUACAAGAAAGAUAAAGUCCGCAGAUGAAGAGAACUUAAAACAUCACCUUUGUGAGAGUCUGUCAAUAAAAGUCUAUAUUUUUGGA